AUGCCUCCCGUCCAGUCUGACCUUUCACCUGUGGCCCAGCUGGUCGAUUCUCUCACCCAAUCCCUCGAAGCCAGCAUCCGUGCGAAAGACACAGCAGCGGCAAGGGAAGCGUUUAGUGAGCAUCUGGACCGCCUGAAGCCGCUUCGCGAGAGCGCCACCGUCGGCGAGCGCGAGGAAUUCUGGGUUGCUGCAGCCUGGUGGGGAGUGCACCACCUCGCCCGGCUCAAGGUAGCCACUUUGGCAAAGCGAACGGCACCGGUCGAUGUCGACCUUGUGACGGAGAGCAGAAAGCUCACAGCCAUUGCCGACAUAUACCAGAGCUGGGGCAAGUCCGCGCUGGACUCGCUCCGUGAGAGCCUUCCCCUCCCGAGCCGGCCAGGCAGAGACUUCGUCGAGCAAUUUCGCCGAGUCGCCGCACACAGCACGCUCGACGAGGUCACCCAGAAGCUUCCCGAGCUGUACUACAAUCGAUUACCCCAGCUUCGACAACCGAACCGCCCCGUCUUCUUGCAGUGCGACGGCAAGCACAGCGUCAUUACGUCCGACCUGAAGGCGUAUUUCAGGAAAGAGAUCGAGCCCGCCAUCCUAGCGCAGAAGCCAGUCGCAAGGGUGUCGGCUAGGGCUUCUAGACGGAAGCGGAGGAAGACGGAGGCGCAUGGGAGCGUUGACGUUUUGCCCGAACCCAACGGGGACUCCGACGUUGAAAUUGAGAGACCGCGAGCCGCGCCUUCACCUCUGCUGGCGUCAAGCCCACCUCGCAUUCCGAACCCCGACGUACGCACCGAGACGCCUCCAGUCGCCCCUUCUCCUUUGCCGUCAUCAAACCGAUCGCGCGCUUUGAUCCCCGACGUUCAUAGCGAGGAGCCUCGAGUCUCACUCUUACCUCUGCCGCCGCAAAGCCCGUCUGGAGUAUCGAUUACCGUGAACAUCGAUCAGGGCUCCGACAUCUCCGCAGCGACUCGUCGGUCCAGCCUCAACAUAUAUCAGCAAGUCGACGAUAUUCUUACCAGAGAGAACGAUCGCCCGGACGGCGCGCAUACGGUUGAGCGUCCAUCGUAUGGAGCCACUCCUGUGCGCCGCAAUAGCCCAGGACACGCCAUGCAGAGGCAGCCCCAAUCGUCUCCCAACUCGCAAUGUGAGAGUCCGGCUGCGGGAAGGCGCGAGGAAGCGAGACAGAAGAUGCGCAACGCCAUACAACGGGCACCGAAACCUGCGCUUGACGUGCUUCAUUUCAUUUGCCAGCUCACGCAGAGUGAGGACGAGCUUCAGGGCAGGAAUCUGGGGGCUCGCAAAGCUCUAGCUAAUGCCGAAGCGGAGCUCAAAAAGGUGGAGAAGGCAGUCUCCAAACUCGUUACGUCCGAGGAGACUCUUGACGACUUCCUCGCCAGCUCCAAGGAGCGUCUGGCGAGCACUCGAAAUUUCCGUAAAAGAUUUGAUGCCAGUCUUAGGGAUGCCAGCAACAUCGCGGCGCAGGCUGGCAUUACGAACCUAUUCCCCCCCUCGAUGCACACAGACCAAUGGGCCGAGGUUGAGCAGAAGCAAGAGAAGAUUCUGGAAACCGCCCACGACCUGCAAGGAAACUUGAACAGCGCUUCGGCAGCACUCGAUGCGAAACGGGUUGAGCUCAACAAGGUGGAAGAGGAGAAGAAGGACGUCCAAGAGCAACGCGCUGCCACCGUGGAGAUUUUGAGGCUUGCUGACAGCAAAUGGCCGUUCAGCGAGCUUGCGGAUUUAUAUUUUCAAGCUCAAGGGCCAGCCUAG